CUGUUCAGUGCAGCCAUGACGCAAAGUCAACAAGAGAAAAGACUCCCGGCGGCCGUCAGGCAGGCAGUGUUAGUGGUGAAGUGGAGCAGAGCCGCGGAGCAGCGCACCGUGCUCGCUUUAAAACGGGAUUUGGAUUAAAUAGCUUGUGAAAGAGCCGAUGAGCCCAGCGUGCGGGAGGGAGCAGAGAGCUGAUUUUUAUUUCCUACUGGAUCGAGAAGGGGAGGAGGAGGCAUGGAGAACGAGUUAUUCUGGUAACAGCGCAGAGCCUGUUUGACAUCGCGCCUCUCAAGGCUUCCGGCGCAAAGUAAAUCUGUUUUGUGCGUCGAGAGGAAGAGAGCCUCGGUCAGUUCCCGGCCGCAAUCCUCUUCGGCUGGACAUGAAAGUGCAGCAGGGCUGCAACUCAUCAGACAUGGGCAUCCCGGUUAGAACAGAAGAAGAGCUGCGCAAGAACACAGUUAUAACACCAGAGGAUGUGCUGGGACUGCAGAAGAUCACAGAGAAUUACCUCUGUGCUCCAGAGGAAAAUGUCCACAUGAUUGACUUCACCCGGUUUAAAAUCCGUGACAUGGAAACAGGGACAGUCCUGUUUGAGAUCACUAAACCUCCAACACCAGGUGGUUUAAAGCAAUGUGACCCCAACACCGGCCGAUUUGUUCGAUACCAGUUCACCCCAGCCUUCCUCCAACUACGACAAGUUGGAGCCACAGUGGAGUUCACAGUAGGAGACACCCCCAUCAACAACUUCCGUAUGAUCGAGAGACACUACUUCCGAGACAAGCUCCUAAAGAGCUUCGACUUCGAGUUCGGCUUCUGCAUGCCCAGCAGCAAGAACACCUGCGAACACAUUUACGAGUUCCCCACGUUGUCUGAGGAAACAAUGCAUGAGAUGAUCCAGCACCCUUAUGAGACACAAUCCGACAGUUUCUACUUUGUGGACAACAAGCUGGUGAUGCACAACAAAGCAGAUUAUUCCUACAGUGGAGGGCCGUAGAAAGCCCAUCUCUGCUCCUCUGAUUCAAGACAUUUUCAGAACCAGAAACACAUGAACUGAUGGACAAAUCACUGGCUUUAGACGGCCAUUUAUCAUGCCUGUUAGCUCCACACAUUCCCACUCAGGCACUAAGCUGCCUGGACAAUCAGAUUCCCCUUCCGGAGGAGCAGCAAAGUCUGCCAGUUCGCAUCAGAGUACAUGGAUGGAAGCGUGUGGGCAGCACAAACAGGCCACUGAUUUCAGUCUGCAUAUGUGGGCUCAGCUUCAUCGGGAAAAGAGAGGACUUUUUUUUUUAUGUUCUUGUUUUAUUUUUUGUGUUAGUUGGUGGCUGGAAAAUUAGCAAAAUCCCACUAUGCAAGCCCAAGAAAUAACAUGGUUAAUUUUUUAUGGGAUUUUACAAAUUUACUGCGUUUCUUUAAGAUUCAGCAAGAGCAAUAGUACAUGAAAUGGACUGAAGAAAGAAAGAGAGAGAGAGAGAGAAACAAGCACUACAGUGAUUGCCAAGAAACCUAGAUGCAGGUUUUGAAAUAUCUUUAAGUUGUUCUGCUGGUUAUUUAGUUAUAAAAGUUAAGAUGUCUAAUGCAACACAAGAUGUUCUCAUAUUUUGUGAAAGAACUUCCUCCUCCCUCCAGGCCAGGAUUAAUCCUUCUCAUCAACCGGUUUCUGAAUUUACUUAAAACCUACAGCUGUAAAAAUACAAUCUUGUUUCAGUUUAAGAACAUUUUCCCAGUAUUUUUGCAAUAUAUGGAAAACCCAUUCACAGUGGAAUAAUGCAAACAUUUCAGUCUGACCAGGAAACGUUUUUAUCAGCCUCUUGAGCAGAAAUAAGCUCCUUCUUGUAAUGUUUCUAGAUGUUUAGGCUGUAAGACAAACUUUUUCUCAAUCACCUUCAUCAAGAGUACAAAAGUAUUUACAUCCAUUUAAUGCUUUAUGCUGUCACAUUAAAAACACAGACUUUGGUGUAUUUUAUAAGGAAUUUAAGUGGCACAAAAACACAAAGUAGUGCAAAAUUUCAUGGGUUUAAACAUUUUCUAACGGAUAAAUUUUUUCCACAUGUGCAUGCAUUUAUAUUUAUGUUUUGUCCCAGAUUGAUCUGCCUCCAUUUUCCCAUCAUCUCUGCCUAGCUUCUCUGUCCCUGCUAAAGAAAAACACCCCACAGUGGGAUGUGUCACUGCGAGGUCCGAUUUUCAUUUAUAAAAAUAAAAAAAUGAAAAGCAUGAAUACGUUCCCUCCCAUCUUAAAACAUGCACUACUUUGCGUCGCUCUGUCUUAUGAGUCCAAAUAAAAGACAAGAAAGUUUUCAGCUGCCAUCCGUCCAUCCAUUAGCUUCCACUUGAUCCGGGUUUGGCUCAUGGGAGAAGCAACCUAAGCAAAGAAGCCCAGAUGUUUUGUUCUCCCUUCCCAGCCACUUGGUCCAGCUCUAGUGUGUCCUGGAACUUCCUCUGUGUCUCCUACUGGUGGACAUGUCCAGCAUACGUCAUCAUGGAGGCCAGAGACGCCACCUGAACUGAUUUUUCUCAGUGUGGAAGAGCAUCGGCUUCACUGUGGGUCCUGAUCUGGUCAUCGUCUGUGUGUGUGUGGGGGGGCAGAAACCCUGCAGACUUUACUCAAUACUCCAGUUUUCAACUGUAACAUUAAAAAAAAUGUGAAAAAUGUUGUGAAUACCUUUGCAAGGCACUGCUGAUGCUCUCUCUUCGAUAUCAAGCUAAAUUAUAAACCUAGAGGUUUUUUUUUAUCAUACAACAUCUCUAUAGUUUCUAUGCGUGUGUGGUAGCGGAGGCACUGAUAUUUUCUGCUAGUGUUUAGAUAAAAUAGAAUGUUUUAUUUGGAACUAUUUUAAAACUUUUUUUUUUAAAUGUUAUAACUAAUUAGAUGUAGGAAAACUACAAUAUACAGAAAGACAAAUUUUGAUAUAAUAUAUAAGUAUAUUUACAGUUUAUAGUUUCAUGGCACUUUUACUCUUAUAGUUGCUUAAAAUUGUAUUAGCAGACAUAUCUAAGUGACUCUCUCUUCCGCCUGUGUUUUGUUGUUGUCCAGAUGACUGUGUCCUUUGUCUUUGUGAGAAUUUGAUUUCAUGUCUUCGGGUUGACUUUGCCGCCACGACAGGAAUAUUUUUAAGUCAGGAAACAUCCAGUUCCAGUCAAAGGCUAGCAUACACUCAUCAAUUUUGGUUUAAGCUGUUCUUUUUCUAUGGCUGAAUCAUUAUACCCAAGUAACUAAAUUAAAUUAAAAAUAAAGAACUGGGUGUAUAGAUUUCAAUUUGUCACAGAUUUUCUCUGAAAUAAAGAGUCAUAAUCGUAAAUAAAGGCUGAACAUGCAUUACCUUAAGAUGUUAAAAUAAGUGGUGCUGAAAUGUCUUAACUUGACAAGACCAAACCCUGCUUAUGGAGCGACCAUCAUAAGUUCUAGAUGGUCUUUUUCUCUUUGCUGUUUUAAAAACCAUCUGCAAGUCCAACAAACUCAGUGAGGAUCUAAGAAGGAGAAUGUAGAUUUACAGUAGUUGUGAACGUUUUUUAAAAGUAAUUUUCAAAUGGAUUUCUAGAUGAAAGGUGAUUGGUUUGGAUGUUUUUUCAUUUAUUGUCCACAGAGAGGCACUAGACAGAAAGAAAUGAACACAUUCAAACUGAAAGGAGGUAAAGGAUGCUUCCUGAAAGAAAAAAAAAAAAACUUUGCUGAUUUAUCUUUUUGGUCACAAUGACCCAAACCAGAAUCAUAAGUUAAGGCUUUCUGGCCUGCUACAUGGUAGCAGCAUCAUGCUGUGGGGCGCCUUUGCAGGUGUGGUACUGAUUCAUAGCAGAAAGUUGCUGUAAUAGUGGAGUAAGGGUCUAAUAUCUUCAACUUCGCCUCUGAUCAAAGGCAGUGUGGUUUAAACUUGGACACAGAUAGAUGCUAGAAGUUUACAGAUGAUACAAAAAUCUAAAAAAACAUUUAACCAAAUAUUAUAGAAGGGGUAUGCAUAUGUUUAAGUCUGUAUAUAUAAUUUAUAAUAAGUGGGAUACACGGUGCUGUAAAGGAUAAACAAUAAAUUCACAAUAAAUUCUUAUUAGUGCA